AUGAUCUCAAGUGCUAAUGAACUUGCAACAACUUCAUUGGUGUCAUUUAUUCCUAAUUCGUCAAUUAGUAAAGAAACAUCCACAACUAUCUCAAAAUCUAUAUGUGUACAUAGUGCAAAAGAGCUUUAUGCUCGAACCGGUAUCCCCCGGUCUACUAUUUACGACAAUAUAAAAAGGUUAAAAGUGCGUGGAAAUGUUGACCAUGCUAGAAGGAAUGGUCGACCUAAAAAAAUUAGUAAUGUUGCCUCCCGGGCAAUUGAGAAGCAAAUUAAAAAGGAUUCGUCUAUUUCAACAAGAACUUUAGCAGCAUACUUAUCAAGUAUAGGUAAUGAUGUUUCAUAUAGAACAAUUAGAAGACAUUUGGCUAUAAUAGGAUAUGUGAAAAAUGUUCCACAAAAGACUCCCAUGCUGAUUAAUAACCAAAAAAGAAAGAGAGUAGAAUAG